CGCACGUACUUAAGGUCUCUUGUUUUUGACGCGCUCUCCGUGCUCGUUUUUUCGCGGACAAUUACAUAUUAUAUUCUGUGUGUACUGGCAUGUGCUUAGCAAUACCAGUUAGCAUCCAUUCACCGAAUCGGAUGGUCAUGCGGGAAUGAGGCAAUGAAAACGAUAACCUGGCUGAUCUUAGGUUUAAACCACGCAGAAAAUGGCACACACUGAUUUGGCUGCCUCGCGGUCGAACACACCCGACCAGGAACGAGACCGUGCAACUAACAACGGACACAUGCCCAAACCACUUUCGACUGGAAUUUAUCCCAAUAGCUCGACUAGAAAUGCUCAAGCGACAACAAUGGCUCUGGAACAGUACCGAUUGCAGCUUUACAAUUAUGCCUUGAAUAUUGAACGGUUCCGUUGUCCGCCAUAUGGAACUGGAGCUGGAGCUGGGUCUAGUACGCCCUGGAUGCAUAUGAAUCCGUACGGAGCACAGGGCACCGGUGCAGGUGUCAACAGAAUGACCGCGCUUUCGACCAUCUCACUCUUUCCCCAGUCGCAGCGCAUCUUUCAACCAGAGGAGCCUAAGCCACAGCACAGCUAUAUUGGGCUGAUAGCAAUGGCUAUUCUCAGCUCAACGGAGAUGAAGUUGGUCCUCUCAGACAUUUACCAAUACAUUUUGGAUAACUAUUCGUAUUUUAGAAGCCGCGGGCCUGGUUGGAGAAAUUCCAUCAGGCAUAAUCUGUCGCUGAAUGAUUGCUUCAUUAAAUCGGGACGCAGUGCAAAUGGCAAGGGACAUUACUGGGCAAUCCAUCCGGCCAACAUGGAUGAUUUUCGCAAGGGUGACUUUCGGCGCCGUAAGGCCCAGCGAAAGGUGCGAAAGCAUAUGGGUCUGUCCGUAGAUGAUGCCAGCACUGAUUCCCCCAGUCCGCCACCGUUAGACCUUACAACGCCUCCUCCGCCCAGCUCGCAGGCUACAAUACAAUUGGCCGCACUUAGCUAUCCGUAUCACCAAAACUAUAUCGGUCAGUUCUUCAAUCGGAAUUCAGACACAUCUUUGCCACAUUACUCGGUAUCACAUCCGGUCCAGGCGAUCCAGCGGCAGCCCCAUUGCCUGGAACCAUCAAUUCAGCAAGCUCAUCAACAUAUUGCAUAUAUUAACUCUACGACAACGACAACAAUAGCAAACAUGUACUCGCAAACACGAAAGCGUCAGUUCGACGUAGCCUCGUUGCUGGCGCCUGAUGUGCAGAUCGUUGACAUCGUAUCUGGAGACCAGGAGUCUUCGCCAGCGACUAAUGCUGCCACUGCUACUGCUACUGCUACUCGGACAACAACUCAAACACAGCAUACGGUCAUCACAAAGCAGACCAUACACCGUGAAGUGGUUGUGGGAUUGGAGCAACCCGUUUCUGAUACUGAUGUUGAUGCAGAUGUCGACGUUGAAGUUAAUGUUGAUGUGGUAGAUGAUAGCAAUGAUGCUGAUCUUGAUCCUGACCCUGAUCUCGACCCGGAUGCGGAUGCGGAUGAGCCGCAAAAGACAACGGAGGUUAUGAAACAAGUGUUCUCUGUCGAUGACAAUAACUCGUACCUAAGCGAUGGUAGGCGUUCAUCUUUUGAUGCCGAUCCUGAUCAUGAGGAUCUUGAGCCGCACAACUACUCCAUUUCCAGUUCGGCAGCAAGAUCAUUGGGCAGCAGUAGUAGCCAACACGAGGAAUCUAACUCAUUGGAGGAAUGUCCCACUGCUGCUUCCGCCACCGCAAUCACACCCACUGCAAGGAUACAUUCAACGCAUUCAACACAUCUGGGAGUCGCUAUUCCUAAGGCAUACAUAGAACUCAACCAUGUUGAUCCACACAUUCUGAGUAGAUAUUAUGGGACAUAUAUGGCGGCCGCAGCUCGACGUGCUAGUCUGGAGGCGUCCAGGGAAAAAUCGGCCACUACCCCUCCACCGACCAUCGAAAUAAUCUCACAUAAGUAAACAGCACGUUACAAUCUACAAUUUACAUACGCAUAAGUAUCUGUA